AUGGAAGAACUGGAUCAACCAGGCUAUCUGUUAUGCCCCCGGUAUAAGCUGCGUUCUCUCCUUGUUUCCUGGACCGCAGGGCGCGAGGUACAGGCCAGGACCGCAGGACGCGAGGUACAGGCCAGGACCGCAGGGCGCGAGGUACAGGCCAGGACCGCAGGGCGCGAGGGACAGGCCAGGACCGCAGGGCGCGAGGUACAGGCCAGGACCGCAGGGCGCGAGGUACAGGCCAGGACCGCAGGGCGCGAGGUACAGGCCAGGACCGCAGGGCGCGAGGUACAGGCCAGGACCGCAGGGCGCGAGGUACAGGCCAGGACCGCAGGGCGCGAGGUACAGGCCAGGACCGCAGGGCGCGAGGUACAGGCCAGGACCGCAGGGCGCGAGGUACAGGCCAGGACCGCAGGGCGCGAGGUACAGGCCAGGACCGCAGGGCGCGAGGUACAGGCCAGGACCGCAGGACGCGAGGUACAGGCCAGGACCGCAGGGCGCGAGGUACAGGCCAGGACCGCAGGGCGCGAGGUACAGGCCAGGACCGCAGGGCGCGAGGUACAGGCCAGGACCGCAGGGCGCGAGGUACAGGCCAGGACCGCAGGACGCGAGGUACAGGCCAGGACCGCAGGGCGCGAGGUACAGGCCAGGACCGCAGGGCGCGAGGUACAGGCCAGGACCGCAGGACGCGAGGUACAGGCCAGGACCGCAGGACGCGAGGUACAGGCCAGGACCGCAGGACGCGAGGUACAGGCCAGGACCGCAGGGCGCGAGGUACAGGCCAGGACUGCAGGACGCGAGGUACAGGCCAGGACCGCAGGGCGCGAGGUACAGGCCAGGACCGCAGGGCGCGAGGUACAGGCCAGGACCGCAGGGCGCGAGGUACAGGCCAGGACCGCAGGACGCGAGGUACAGGCCAGGACCGCAGGGCGCGAGGUACAGGCCAGGACCGCAGGGCGCGAGGUACAGGCCAGGACCGCAGGACGCGAGGUACAGGCCAGGACCGCAGGACGCGAGGUACAGGCCACCUGA